GCUGAAGCGAGGACUCCUGCUGGUACUGCGCUCCCUGCUGCUGCACAGCAAGGCUCUGCCGCCCACCUUCAGGCCGUGCAGCCAUGUUCUGGGUGCCCUGACCCCACGGAAGCCCAUGGGGAGCCCCGGACUGGCUGCCCUGCUCCUGCCUCUCCUCCUGCUGCUCACUGGCCUCUCUGCCUGCCCUGGGAUUGCCUGCCCCUCCCUGUCCCACUGGAGCACCCGCUGUCUGCUGGCCUCCCACAUGGAUGACAAGUUCACUGGAAGGGCUGCCUAUAUUCCUUGCCGUAUCCGGUUGGCCCUCCCCGUCUCUCGAAAGCCUUUGUGUGCUGGACUCUGGCACUGCGCCUACUGUUUGUGCCUGCGUCUGGUGUCAGAUCUUUCAGGCCGUCAGUGGGGCUGGUUCCACCUCCUGGUGCAGAAUUCCCACAAGUCUUACAAGUUCCAGUUCUGUAGGAGACACAAGAUGCUGGUAUCUGCUCAGAGGGAGCUGCUGAGUAGCUGUUGCCUGUCUAAGAAGGGCCAUCACACCUCCGGCCCCUCCCCAGAUACAUCCCACAAGGGGCUGCGCUCCAAAAGGACCCAACCUUCGGAUCCAGAGGCAGUGGAAGGUCUCCCCAGACCCGGCUCACAGAGGCAUGGAGGGCCCGAGUUCUCCUUUGACUUGCUACCUGAGGCACGGGCUAUUCAAGUGACCAUUCCUCCAGGCCCUGAGGUCAGCGUGCGUCUUUGUCACCAGUGGGCACUGGAGUGCGAAGAGCUGAGCAGUCCCUUCGAUGCCAAGAAAAUUGUGUCCGGGGGCCAUGCUGUAGACCUGCCUUAUGAAUUCCUUCUGCCCUGUCUGUGCAUAGAGGCAUCCUACCUGCAAGAGGACACCGUGAGACGCAAAAAAUGUCCCUUCCAGAGCUGGCCUGAAGCCUACGGCUCGGAUUUCUGGAAGUCAGUGCAAUUUACUGACUACAGCCAGCACAGUCAGAUGGUCAUGGCCCUCACACUGCGCUGCCCCCUGAAGCUGGAGGCCUCCCUCUGCCAGAGGCAGGGCCGGCGCACUCUCUGCGAAGACCUCCCCAAUGCCACGGCUCAAGAGUCUGAGGGGUGGUAUGUUUUGGAGAAGGUGGACUUGCACCCCCAGCUCUGCUUCAAGUUCUCUUUUGGAAACAGCAGCCACGUUGAAUGCCCCCACCGGACUGCCCCAUCCUGGAAUGUGAGCAUGGAUACCCAAGCCCAGCAGCUGAUCCUUCACUUCUCCUCGAGGACGCAUGCCACCUUCAGUGCUGCUUGGAGCCACCCAGGCUUGGGGCAGAAUGGCUUGCUGCCCCCUGUGUACAGCAUCAGCCAGACUCAAGGCUCAAGCCCAGUGACACUAGACCUCAUCAUCCCCUCCCUGAGGCCGGGGGGCUGUGUCCUGCCAGACCUGCACCAGAUGCAAACCCUGUGCUGGAGAAAUUCCCUAUCCGGGGGGCCUCCCCUUCUCAUCCCCAAGCCUCUUUCAACUUCCCCUGUGAGGAGAGGCUACCCUGGCUCACAGGGGUGGGGCACUCUGUGCCCUCAGGUGUGGAGGUCAGAUGUGCAGUUUGCCUGGAAGCGCCUCUUAUGUCCAGAUGUCUCUCAUAGACGCCUGGGACUCUUGAUCUUGGCACUGCUGGUCCUCACCACCCUAUUGGGCGUUGUUCUGGUCCUCACCCACCGGCGCCCACUGUCAGGCCCGGGCCGAGCGCGGCCGGUGCUGCUGCUGCACGCGGCGGACUCAGAGGCACAGCGGCGCCUGGUGGGAGCACUGGCUGAACUGCUGCGGGCAGCGCUGGGCGGCGGGCGCGACGUGAUCGUGGACCUGUGGGAGGGGACGCGCGUGGCACGCGUGGGUCCACUGCCGUGGCUGUGGGCGGCGCGGGCGCGCGUGGCACGGGAGCGGGGCACCGUGCUGCUGCUGUGGAGUAGCGCCGGCCCCCGCCCGGCCCGUGGCCCGGAUCCCCGCGCCGCGCCCCUGCGCGCCCUGCUUCGCGCCGCCCCGCGCCCGCUGCUGCUGCUCGCUUACUUCAGUCGCCUCUGCGCCAAGGGCGACAUUCCCGCGCCGCUGCGCGCCCUGCCGCGCUACCGCCUGCUGCGCGACCUCCCACGCCUGCUGCGGGCGCUGGACGCGCGGCCUUCCACCGAAGCCAUCAGCUGGGGCCGCCUUGGGGCUGGGCCGUGCCUGCGUGGUCGCCUGGAGCUGUGCCGCCGGCUGGAACGCGAGGCCGCCAAGCUUGCUCACCAAGGCUGAGCAGAGCCCCGCCACACCGGAGGAUGUCCACGGCCGCAAGCCUAGGGCCUCUACCCUGGAAUCCUCGGGGUGACCCCUCAGGACUGGCCAAAAAGACUUACUUUCUGCCUCCCAGCCUGGGGGCAGAGCACCUCACUCACUGUCCCAGCCGGUCCCCACGUGUGUCCCGCUUCCUCCUCGUGCUUACCCUGCCUCUCAGAACCCUCAGGGAGAGAGCUACUCUCUACUGAGACCUUCUCUGCCCCUAGUCCUGUUGGGGGUGGGGGAUCUUCCCACUUCCUCUCUCCCAAGUUCCAGAAAGAGAGUGAUCUGCACGUGCUCCAGUCCAGGUUGGAGAGGUAGCGGAGGUAGGAGCUCUGGCAGUUCUGAGCCGGGGGUGGCUCCAGGUUGUGGGGGAAAACCCCUUUGGGAGCCAGGGAUCCCCCUUUCCCAGACCUGGGACCUGCCCAGAGGAGGAGGGAGGGAGGGCUCAGGACCCUGGGAAAGAGGCUUUGGCCCUGGGCAAAAGUGGGACAGUGGAGACCAAGAUGGGAGAAAGAUGAAUAAAGAUAACCAUGAGGGCUAAACUAAGAAACGCAGCGUGCUUCUCUGGUAUGCCUGGGGUGCUGAACUGGGGGAAGGGUCAGUACCACCCUGCCUGGGGUUGUUAUGCAUCAGUGUGUGGGCUCGAAUCCUCCAUGUCCACAUCCACAUCUGUCAUGUUCUCACCAGCAAUGCCUCUGAAAAGGCAAAGGAGGAUCUUGAUCCUCACCGUGACUCAUCGAGAGAAGAGAGGAAAAAGCAGGUUCAGAAACGUGCUGUGUGUCCAUCAUCACACAGCCAACCCGUGGCAACAGCAGAGAGGGGACCCCUGUCUGCCUGGCUCUGGUCCUGCGUUCCUUCCUCCUAUACCACAUUUAAGCGUAGGCCAGGAAGUGGUGAAAAGCCCACUUUAUGGUGCCCAUUGUCACUGCCUGUAGAGCUCCUCUCCCACUGAGGGUCACUGAGGCCCAGGGAGUAUGUGUGAAGGGACCUGGGGUGCCCAGUAAGAGGGGACCCAGUGAGCCCUAGGAUCCCAGAACCUGUGUCAAAGGGUCACGUGGAAAGCAGAAAUGCCCCAGGAUUGCCCAGGCCCGGGGGUGCACUCGUCAGAGCCCUCCUCCUAGGGACUCCCAGGGUGAGUAAGAGCUCCCUUACUCAGCCAUGUUGCUGCCACCCACUCCAGGGGCCCCUCCCAGUCAGAUGUCAGCAGAGGAGGAGGAGGAGGAGAGGGAGUAAAGGAGGAGGUGAG